AUGUCCAAACUAGCAAACCGCGCCGACUGGGCCGACGACGAGGAGUUCGAUGACCCCUCCGCGCUCCCCGCGCAACAAGUCACAACGAACAAAGAUGGCACCAAGACCGUUGUGUCGUACCGCUUCAACGAUGAGGGCAAGAAGGUGAAGGUCACCCGCCGGAUCAAGACCACCGUCGUUCGCGAACAUGUCAACCCCCAGGUUGCGGAGCGGAGGUCCUGGGCCAAGUUCGGUCUCGAGAAGGGCCACGCUCCCGGACCCUCGUUCGAUACUACCUCCGUCGGUGAGAACAUCGCUUUCAGACCCAGCAUCAACUGGAAGGCACAAGCCGCGGAGGCGGAGAAGAACGGCGGCGAGAAGGGCAGCAUGAAGGAUCAGCUCAAGGACAAGAAGGUCAAGUGUCGUAUUUGCAGCGGAGAGCACUUUACAGCCCGCUGUCCGUUCAAGGAUACCAUGGCGCCCGUCGACGAGCCCACCGCUGGUGGCGCUGGUGAAGAUGAUGAAGCAGCCGCCGGUGCUGUCGGCACUGGAUCUGGCAGCUACGUGCCUCCUCAUCUCCGGAAAGGUGCUGCUGGCGGCGGCGAGAGAAUGGGUGGCAAGUUCGAGAAGGACGAUCUGGCGACUCUGAGAGUUACAAACGUUUCCGAGUUGGCGGAAGAAGGAGAACUCCGCGAUCUGUUCGAACGCUUCGGCCGCGUCACCAGAGUCUUUCUUGCCAGAGACAGAGAGACCCAACGAGCCAAGGGCUUCGCUUUCAUCAGUUUCGCAGAUCGCAGCGAUGCUGCACGCGCCUGCGAGAAGAUGGAUGGCUUCGGUUACCGCCAUCUUAUCCUCCGCGUCGAGUUCGCGAAGAGAACCACAUAA